CCACACAUCGCCCCUUCGUCUUUAUUUGACGACGUGGAGCUCUCAUAUAUGCCUCUCGGCCACUACUCCCAGUCAUCUUUAUUUGAUGACGUGGAGCUCACAUCGGCCCAUCGGCCUCAUAUUCCGGUCAUCUUUAUUUGAUGAACCAGACAUCAUAUUAUGGACGGUCGCUCGACCCAUCCCUUAGUCAUCUUUAUUUGAUGACUAGGACUACUGAUCAUGACGAGCUACCCACAUCUAUGGAUCGGCCUCGGCCAUCCCCUCGGCAGACGGACACCGCUGCAGCUCCACCUCUAGGCCGAAGGGCUCGCACCUUUUGCUUCGUUCUGGGGGCAUCCGAUGUACUCUUUUUCCCUCAUUAGGAUUUUUUCCCACAGGGUUUUUCCUAAUGAGGUUUUUAACGAGGCAUCGCCCCAUUGUGGAUCAAAAGGUGUCAACCCUCGGCCCCCUGUUGCAGACAUCAUCAGACAUGCAUUACUCUACUCCUCUUCACCUCGUUACACUCGCCUCAAGGAGUGGGGGACUGGGAGAGCGGGGGACUUAGCGCCUUCGCUACCAAAGAAGCAGAAAUUCAAAAUUUUUGCAAGGAUUGCCACUCGCACCGACGACAUCAUCAUAUCACAUACAUAUUCAGCUGCCACAUCGGCCAGUACAUAUACAUAGCUCCCCGGCCUCAGGACCGGUGGUGAUGGUCUCUGGCCUGCGACCUUCGGCUGAGGAUUUUCCCACAGGGUUGCCUCAGCCAGGGCUCACCAGUGGGAUCGGAUCAUCGACUUGGGAAUCCGGGCGAGGCGCUUCGACGAUGAGAGCAGUUUACUCACCGGACGACGACAGAUCAGCACACAGUUCUACUCUCUUUCGCCUCAAGUACUCUCGACUCAGAGAGUGGGGGACUCCUGAUAGAGUAUAUAGACUCGGACCCCCGGGUCUCACGACUAUUGGGCCCGGACAGCGGCCCACAUACGCUCAGUAGAUAGCAUUUAUCUCAUUGUACACUCUAUUUUAUUCAUGUAUAUCCAUUAGAAUAGAUUAGAUACCAUUUAUUAGCCAUUUAUUGGCCUUUUAUUGUAACUGGGCCAGCCAGGCCCAAGCCUGGAAGCCCAACCCUCUUUUCUCCUAUAAAUACUCCCUAUGGGAGCCAUGUAAAGGGAGAAGAUGGGAUGGUUGAUUGGAAUUCAUUAUACAUAUCACUUUAUCUCUCUAGCUCUCAC